CAUGCUAGAUGCUCAAAGUGUUCCCAUCGCAUGCAUAUUCUUUAGUAGUGAGGUUCAAGACAAGAUGGUGCAGCUGGGUUUUUCUACGGAAGCCCUCUUUGUCAGACAUAUCAGAGAAGGCCUGAUCGUGGCGCAUGAUCAGCCCGGCAUCUCUGCCGCAGAAAGAGCAAACAUGCGAUUCAGACUAAGAUCGUUCCUGAUGCAUGGAGUAAGCUUCCACACCUUUCCACCGCCAGGAAGGUACAUAUACAGUGCUGCGAUAGGAUAUCCUUGGCAAAUCUGGGAGGACACAGUUGCAUCAAUAGAAGCUCACAUGAUUCUCUACCCGCUCGUAAAACAAGGCAGCUACAACCAGAGGGCAUUCUCCAGUUCCCUUUGCGAGCAGUUCUUCAGCGAGAUGACAGGGGACGACAAGACAGGGCACUGUGGCACACUGACAGCUGUAGAGCUCACUCGACACUUCGGCACUGUCUGUGAGAUACUUGCAACAAGGCUGGAUCCACAUCGCAAGUGGGACAUGAGAACCAAAAAAUCAUCAGUGUACCCAGUCGUGACUGCUGAUCCUGAACAUGGCAGCCCCACCAUGGAGAUGGAGCCAUGCCUUUCUCAAGACAAGAAACACAUACGUGAAAUCAAACCAAGGAAUCACAUGUUUGACACUCCACGAACAAGGAAAAGCCAUCGAAGGCAUGGGCAGAUUUCAGGACCGAAUGAGCCAUCCCGAGGAACACGUGGAGUUCGACAGCAUCAUCGUAUUGAUGAAAGCAAGAUGCUACCAUCAACAAGAGCUGGAAUCGAAAUUUAG